GCUUGUUUUGCCGCUCUUAAGGGACGAGGGAGGCAAUACAAACGGGGCACGCGAACACCAAAAAGACGAGCCUACCUCUAAACAAAGUAGUCGAGUAGAGGAAGAAAAACUGAAAACAUCUUUUGGUGAUGAAGAACAAUAGAUAAGGAACAUGAAAUAGUGAAAACAUCUUUGAAGAGGUUGUUCAUCUGAUGAAGAACGUAACUGAAUAAAGAACAUCAUCAUGGAAGAUUCCCUUUCGUCUUGGGAGGCACUCGCAUCAGAAGCUGGGAAACCAGCUCCACGCUUGUAUGAAUCGUGGGAGGACGGCAGAUCUCGCCUCUUCGGUGCGGCUCGUCCUCUCCUGCGCUUAUGGCACGACGUGUCCGUGUGGCACCCGUUUGCUCUGCAAGUCUGGCUGCUGAUAGAAGCCAUGCGAAUACCUCAUGAACGCAAAGUUGUGCCGUUAUCGAUGUACGCCAAAUUAAGGCACGAUCAUCUAUCAAAAACUAGUAAGAGUAAGAUAUUAGAUUUGUAAUACUAAGAGAGCAGAAGCACCACAGUAGAUCCUCAAAUUUGGACAUCUUCAUAAUCAUCCUCGGCUACUUUCCUAGGGUCGGGAAAAGAGCCGGGAGGGACGCGACCGUGGCGGCAGCUCUAACCAAAGCCUCGGAUUCGGGGAGAUUGGAGACGUUUAGACAAGAAGUAGGAGGAUCGCCGGAUGGAGUUCCUUAUAUCCAAGAAGCUGCAAAAAACUCGACGUGGAGUCGACCCUGGAAAGAGAAUAUGCUUUGAAACUAUGUCAGGAGUACGAGUGUCCUUUGCGUGUUUUUUUAAACUAUGACGUGCUCCGCAGUUGAUGUAGUGCUCAGUUUUAGGAAUGUGAAGAAAGUUAUGCUGUACUAUGCCUGUGUCUAUAAGCCUGGUGGAAGCUUCAUUAUUUCUUGAACUCUUGUAGUUCCGCCUUUUCGCAUCUUCCGUGCAUAGAAGUAGGUCUUUUGGAUCAAUCACUUUGAGCCCACUGAAGUCGAUGUUGAUGAGCUUGAGCCUGCAAACAAUAAGUUCAUCGACUUGGUGUUGUACCUAGAUAGCACUACUGAGCUAGAACCACCAACGGCACCAGUCCUUGUCCUUUCAUUUCUCAAAGUGCAGUUGAUCUGGCGAAACGGUUGAAUACUCAAUUCCCGAAUCAGGCUUUGGUUCCACGAUCGCCCAAUCGGCGAAAGGUGGUCGACUCCAUGUUAAAGAAUUAUGGAGGCCUUCAAGGAGCUGCGUACGGCAUUCUAAGAGGUCCAGAUGGAGCACCACAAGCGGCACAGGAAAAGUACUCCUAGGAAGUACUUAACAACUUCUUUAAAAACUCUCUCUCACUGAUGUUGAUAGAAGUGGUUGUGGAUCACAGAAUCAUGAUUAGCAUUAGGGGAAUCAGAAUUAUGAUUAUCAUGAUAGUGGUUGGGGAAUCAGAAUUGUGAUUAUCAUGAUCUUGUUCCCCUGGAGUGGGUAUAAAAUAUUCAUUCAUUCAUUCCUCCACAUUUAUUCGGCAUUUUUUUGCGACCUGGGUCUACAACUCGGGAAGAACAUUUUUUCCACAUUUUUUCGGAGUAAGCAUCGUGACGAAAUACUAUGACGUCGCGCGGCAGUCUGCACUGAAAACUGUGCGAGAUGCAUUGUAACAACUUAGUUUCAUUCAAUCAUCUAUCUCUUUUACCAGGGCCACCAAGGAAGCCAUACUACCCUAAAACUAGGUACAUCAAAGCCAUGGACGCUUGGGCUGAAGUUUAUGCAAAUCGAGGGUCCUCGAAUUUGACACUGGUUGACUCUCGGAGCGGCCUUCCUGAUGAUGGCGACGGCAAUGAAGCAUACUUUGGUGGCAGAAGAACUCAAGGCCCGUUCCUCUUCGGUGCGCGUCCCUGUGUCGUUGAUGUCUUGUUGCUUCCUCUUCUGGAACGCUGCGAGGCGAACGUGCCACAUCCAGUAGUUGGUGGCUUGCCACACCUAGCGUUGACGAACUGGCCCCCAUUGGAUCGAUUGUUGUUAUGCUUUAGGGUACUUUUAGUUAUUUUUGGCUUAUUUGCGCAGGUUAUCGCAGAUGAAAGUCGUGGGAUCAAUUAGAAAUCUGCUGCAUCACGAACUAUGCGAAGAAACAGGUCGAACUACUUACAACUAGAACUAGAACUACAUCAAUAUAAUAUAUAAGGAAAUCUUGAUGUUGAUUUUUCUCAUUGAACAAUUCCGAUUAGAUCAACGUCAAAUCAUCUCAGCAUGAUUCCAACAUCUUCAUGAUCCUUAGUUCAUAUCUUGCUGCCGCCAGAGAAGACGGUGGCCUAAAUUUUCCCUUUUGUUCUUUAUUGGGUGACGCGAUUUCAGUUUCUGGCGUACGAAUGGCUGUCACUGGGAUGGUAGCUGGCGUUUCUCUGCCUGAUCCUCCGCCGUCGACCGCUUUAGCAAUGCAAAGAGUGAAUCAGCAAGACGAAAAUGCCUGUCGAGAGGCAGCCUCUAGACUGAGCAACAACGGUGCUCCAGUGGCUGGCUUCGCUGCAGCAGGGUCUGGAACCGGGCGACCACGGCAGGAGGCGGGACGAAGACCGCCUCCAACAGCAGGCCAACUCCAAGCCGUUGAUGCCCUUUUACGCGGAGUGGCAAGAUCAUUGCUGAUAUGCGGUACUUGACGAAUCAUACUUCUUACUCUUUGCAGCUGAAUAUGUACAUAAGUAGAUUCAAGUUACUUAUCGUAGUUAUCAUGACUCAACAGUUUAAAACUCACAACUGCAAUUACAACAAACAUGAUCCUUCUGUUCUUUGUUCAUCAGGUAACGGCACUGCUACCGCGGCAGCUGUCAAAUCUUUAGCUGAGGACAUCGCUUCAAAAGCCGCAAGCGUUUUCGGUGCUGAGAGCGUGCGCUAUGCCGCACAGUCUCUAGUGUUUCUAGCUGAGAAUACGGGUGUCCCAAGGGAUAUGGCCGUGAAACCAGCUGCGGCAUUCAGAGCGCACAAUCUUCUCUAUGCGGCUGCAGGAUGGCAAGCGGCUAAAGGAUCGAGAAAUUCCAGAGGUGGAGAUCUUUAGUUGUAGACUCAGAAAACGGAAAAAACUGAUAAAAGUCCACACUAUGUGAGUUGUAUUUCCAAGAAGAAGCUGAUGGAGAUAUCAAAUUCAAAACAAGACACGCACAAUCCACGGAAGUAGACUGUCUCUGCCAUACAAUCUGUUGUAGGUACUAGGAGCAGCAAACGUAAACUCUUCGAAGUUUUAUCGAAGAGAAUAAACGAUAACGAAUUCUUGUCUUCGUUUUGAGCAACUAG